AUGAUUGAAGACUUGCAUUGUGCCAUUGCUCGCGUGCGAAUUGCUUCACUACAGUCAGAGGUCAUUAGUAAAUCGGCCAGUCGCGAGGUCGUACGUCGAAGAAGCAACAAAGUGAAACCCGUCUUCAUCGCCAAGGGUCGACUACCACUUUUCACGAAGCAAAGAACCGUCCGCGUAUUAUCUUGA